AUGCAAUAUUGUUAAAUUCACAAUCCUCAAUUCUAAUAAACUUAAUAUCAAUAAACAUUGUAAGAUUAAUAACUUUUACCUUAACAUAUCAUCCUUAUAAAUAAAUAUAAAAAUAAGAAAAAAGCAUAUAAAGGUAUUAUAAUAUAUUAUGAUUAUAGAAUCUUUAAAUGAUUUAAGAAAUUAGAUAAAAAAUAAUUUAGAUAAAUAAUUAAAUUAAGAGCAAGAGUUAACUCAAUUAAAAACUUAAUAUUGUUUAGAAAAAGAGUAAUGGUAAUAAGAAAAGAAAAUCUUAAAUUCAAUGUUACCAUAAAAAGAUUUUAAUUAUAAUGGAUUACAAAAGGAAAAGAAAUCUUAUAAAUAAAAGAAAUAAGAACUUAAAAAUUAAUUAUAAUAAUAUUAAAAGUAAUGUGAAUUUUAAGAUGGCCAAUUAUAAUAAAUUUUACUUGAAAAUUCAAAAUUAAAAGCAAUAUUAAAUGGAAGAGAUUAAGAAUGUCUAGCUUUAUAAUAAGAAGUUGAAUACUAUUAAAAGAGAUUAAUUUAAUUGUAAAGAUAGUGA